CAUUCACAUCCAAUAUUUGAAAUUAAUAGUACUUGUCUGUCAACUGUUUUAUCAUUCAAAGAUUUUUUUAAAAUUUUUCAUAGACAUACGAAAUGGAUUUGAUUGAAGAAGGAAGGAAUUUUCGUUUGGUUCAAGUAUCUGAAUUACCGGAGAUUUUAAAGUUUUUGCAUAGACAUCUGCCAGAAUCACUCAAGCUUCAUCAAACAAUUAAAACGUAUAUUAACAAUCCAAUUUGGGAUUUUCACUUCUAUGUUUCCAAAGAAUGGCCCGAAAAACCAGUUCUUAUUCAGUUUCCAGGAUGUACACUUUCGCCUGACAAUAAUAUUUGCCAAAGUUUUUCAAUAUUUUGCCCACAUAGUCAUUUGGAAUGUGUAGAUCUUGUGGCAAGUGAGGACAUCUUAAUAAACUGGAAAAAGCCAAUGUACCUACAUUUUACACAAACGACCAUUGUUAAUCGGCUUAAUGAUUUUUACAAAAAUGUCGGUACAAUGGAGGAAGUACUAUUUGAUAUUCUUAUUUUAAAUGAUUUAAAUGUUAAUUUGCAAAUUGAAAAAUUCUCAAACGAAGAAGCUGAAAUACGUCCGUUAAAAGUGGAAGAUGUUAAACUUAUCCAUGAACAUUAUCCUGCAAAGCAAAUAGAAAGUGUUGAGCUAUUUGAAGUAUUAGUACAAAAACUACCAGCAAUAGGAAUUUUCAAUAAGAGAUCAAAUGAACUGGCUUCUUGGAUGCUUUGUUCAUAUUACGGAGCUAUGUUUUCAAUGCAAACACUUCCAAAGUAUCGACGCAAAGGAUAUGGUAUUCAAAUCGCGAAAGCUCUCACCAAACGUGUUAUCGAAUGUGACCUAGUGCCUUAUGUUGCUGUUCUUCCACAUAAUGCUGCCUCUCAAAAUCUUUACCGAAAACUUGGAUUUAAAAAUGCAUAUCAAAUGAGUCGAGUUAAAAUGACGCCACAUCCAUAACCUUGUUAAUAUGAAUUGGUAACAAAUUUAGAAUAAAAUGAGAAAAUGAAAAAAAAAACAAAUAAAUACACUUAAUUAUUAAAAUUCUUUCUAAAAUAUAUAAAGGCUGUGUAU